AUGACUCAGACAGGGGUUAGGUCGCCGGGUGACGGGUUCUGCCCGACUUCGUGGACUCAGGUCUCCUCGGGGAGAUUCAUCAUAGACCCAAGGCUCCUGGUAGUCAACUCCACCGCUUUCAAUGGAUGGGUGGGUCCACCGGAGGUCUGGUUCGACCGCACUGCAGAGCCCACCGGCUCAUGGCGCCAGCAGAAGAUUUUGGCCGGAGACGAGGUCAUUCGGCUGCAGACAUUAGAUGCCAAGAGCAGGGAGGCAGCUGGCGGGAAGCGCAGCAAAUCUGCAGCCGAAAGUGCUCUGAAUAGAGGCCGCCAAGCGGGAGAGAUCCCGCGGACGGUCCAACAAAAAGAUUGCGGACGAGAAGAAGAAGGCCGGGAUGCAAACGGGCAGCUCACACUCGUUGCUCAAGCUGCACGGUUCCUGGCCAACAUCAAGACCGGCUACUGCUCCAUCUAUAGCACUGGAGAGACGGAGGGCUGCAGCCCCGUCUUUUUGAUGACCACGUGGAACCACAAUGCUGCCAGGCCAAAGCCGCUGGGACGGCCCAGCAAAAGCACGGCGUUGCUCGAGACGGGGCCGCGGGUGGUGGAGGCGCCGUGCAGCACCCUGGGCCAGAGAGUGUUUGGGGUUUUUUGGAACACGAGUUCGCCUUCCCCCGAAAGAACGAUGGUGCACUUCGACGCGGAGGCUGACUUCCAAUGGUACUGCGAGGGAAGACGCGGAGGCUGCAGCAAAACUGCGGACUGCAGACAUCUUUUGGAGGUGAAAAGAGUGCUCGAGAGAAGAGAGGGGGUAAGCAAAUUGGAGGGGUGCCUCUUCACAGAAACGCAGCUGGAACGGGCUAGAGUGUGGCUGCAGCGAAAGAAGAGAGAGGUGGCGGCUGGCAAGGAGGAGGCAGCUUGCACGCAAACGCAAGCCGGUGAGGGAUGUCAAGCAAGCAAGGCGUGCGGAGAGGAUCUAGAGGCCCUCUCAGAUGAGGAGCGUUAUCUCCUCGGUCUUGUCGCCGGAGAGCGGCAUGACGCGACGGCUCCCGAGGCCGUUCACGACCCUCCCGUCACCCUGCUGAAGCAGCCGGUGAGAGUUAGCCAGCUGACGGCGCGCGAUUUUGAUGAGCUGAGCAGGAUGGAGUGCUUGUGCGCACCUUGCCCGAAGGAGCCGCCACCUUGCGGGACGGGCUGGUCGAGCUUGGUGCAGGCGUCGCACAUCUACUCAUUGGACUGGUCUCAGGAGGUGCAGAUCCGCAUAUAUUGCUGCAAUUGUCCGGAGAAGCACACGGUCCACUUCAAUGGAGAAACUCUGGGCUUGUACGUGUGGACGAGGAGCGUCAUCGUCACACAAGCAUCGUGCCAGCUGCUGCUCCGAUGCGUGCAAGGCUCUGGCUCCGCCUACGGCGCUCUUAUAGAGGCCAAAAACGCCGUCCGCCGAUUCAUCUGCGGGCCUCACCCCGCGGUUCUGCUCUGCGACGGGAUUGCGGGCCUCGCAUGCGCGGACGGUGGGCGCCAAAAAGGGGGAUUGUCUGGCACGAGCGCGGCGCAUCUGCGGCCGUUUACGGCUCCGACUCAAGAUGCUGCGGGAGUGAACGUCGAGAAGGUGAUGCAGCCGGGCGUGAAUUUUUGCGCAGCUGGGCUGGACGGUUGCGGCCCAAAACGGCGUCUUCUGCACCAACCGGAGUUGCGCACGUUGCUGGCUCGGUUCAGUCGGCAUCAUCCAAAAGACCCUGAUCUUGGGGCACCCCUGAGCAGCAAUGAGUUCGACGAGCUGAUGAUUGCGCUUGAUCGAGCGGACGUACAAGUCGUCACCGAGUUCAUUUCAGAUCCCAACGACCCGGAUGCGGACCCUGUUCUCCUUCAUUGGCGGCGACGUCUUCUACUCGAGCAGACCGGCUUGAUUCGGACCAAAAACCGGGCGUUGCUGGUUCUCAUGGAAGGGAUCAAGGCAGAGUCUCUGCUGAGCAUUCCCGGACAGAGCCCCCCCCGUUGCCCUGGAAGAUGGUCGGAGCUUCUUUACAGCCUCGGCACGCCGAAGUCCGUCUCAGAUGAUAGCAAUGUCAUCCAGCAUGGCAGUGCUCUAGCGGUGGUCAGAAAGCUUCUCUUGGGAGGUGUGGCGAACCUAGACGACCGUGCCGUUCUGGCUGAGCAUUCUCCCAUCUUGCGCCGAUUGUUAGAUCACUACGGGUCCACCUUCCCCACCUUCUUCCUCCCAACCCUCCACCAUCUAUAUCGGCUCACUCUAUUUGGCCGCGGAACGGUCGGCCUAGGGGUGGGACGCGCUGGGAUCGCGCUCUCUGCCAUCGAGGGGCUAGACAUCUGCGUUUGGUCAACGCGAGACAGAGUAGAGCGGCCGCACGCAUGGUCCGCGGACCGCCAGCAAGCUUUUGCAUUUUGGGAGGCGCGGGCAAAUGCUUUGCUACCAGCGGUUGAGCAGCUCUCACAACCAGAAGCUGGGGUCUACCCGCUCUCAGUACCAGAGACAGCGCUUUGGAACGGGCGGCUAGGCCUAGAAGCAGGUGGAAGCAUCCCUCCCAAUCUACCUCUCGAUCAUCCCUUCUGCAAAGAACAGCGCCUGCUUGGCUGCUAUCCUCUGCUUGGCUGGGAACAGAAGCGCCCUCUGCCGCAGUACAGACCUUUUGAAGACGAGCUAGGCAGAUCCAUCGAACGGGCUGAAGAGCAUCGAUGUAGAGGGGGGCUCACAGUGGGGGAGUUUGACGCUGAGGUCGCGACUCUCAGCAAGUCGAAGUCCGCGCAGCGUCUCCAGAGACAUACCAAAGGGGGCUUCGUGUUCUGCUGUCCUCACCGAGUAAUUUAUGGUUUCCAUGCCAUGCUUCGAGGAGAGUCGCCGCGCGAUCCAUUCGCCGUGCUGUACACACGACUACAUCGACACAAUCUGCCUCGCUUUGUCUUCUACGACAAUGCUUGCAAGCUGCGAGCCUACUGCAUGCGACGCGAGCCGGCAUUUUUUGCGGACGUCCGAUUCCUGGUAGACAGGUUCCACUUUCAGCGAACUGGAGCGGAGGGACACAAGUGCGGACCAACAUUCAACCCGGAUUACUAUGACGUAGUGCGUUGGGUCAACACUUCGGCUGUCGAGAGUUGCAAUUCUUUCCUCGUCAGGUUUAAGACGCUAGGCUGGUACUCUGGGCUCGAAGCUUUCAUGAUUAUUCUAGCCAGUUUGAUCUAUCCGUAA